AUGAUGGCAACCGGGUCACGCGACGCCUCAGUUCGUGAGGCCAAAUUAUUCGUCAAAGAAGUCGUCCGCAAUGACUGGGACUUUGAAGCCGGUGUGAUCUCCGCAUCUUCCGCCGACGGCACCCUUUGCCACAACCGUGAAGUGUGCGAAUGGCGAGUCCGCGAAUUCGACAGCUCAACCUCGGAACUCGAACCACAAAAUUCAGACAGUGAGGACGAUGAGCUGCCCGUGAGAACAACCCCCGGCGCACAAGCCGACAUUGAGCGCCGUCGCAAACGCCGUCGGCAGAUGGACGAUGAGAUGGCGUGGAACGAAGGACUCCGUGUGUGGAUGGCCAGGCGCAAUGCGUGGUCUGGCGCGAAGACUCGACGGCAGAUACAGACUGAAGAGCGAAAGCGUGCGAUGGCUGGUGGGCAGACGGACACAACAGAUCAGUCGGAUGGUUUGGAGAGAGACACCGGGGCAUCUUCCGCGACAUCCCACUCCACAACUUUGUCUAGCACUGGUAGUGAUGGUGUUUCCAGUUUGGCAAACCAGACCGAGACUUCCCUUGCGAUUGUAGACCAGCAGAAGAGCGAGGAACUACAACGGCGAGUGGACUUGACUUCAGGGGCGCAGGGUGAUCAAGAGGAAGGGCAAUCUACAGCACCAGAUGAAGAGGUCAAAGGAAAAGCAUCUUCAGAAACCAAUAUUACAGAGCCAGAUCAUUCAUCUGCAACUGAUCCGUCGCAUCUGACAACAUUCCCAGCCGUGGAAGAUCAAACUGAAGAGGAAAAGGAGGAAGAAGAGCUCGAUGAGCCCCUUAUCCCUGUGGCACCUCCUUUUAUCUCAGACGACAAUCCCGUCCGCGCAACCAUCAUGCCCUCAAUUUACCCCUCAAUCUAUACGAAAGUCGUCGUGCAAGGAAUGACUCCCACCAUGCCCGUUAACCUGGCCCAUUUGACGAAAGCCAUGGUCCAGGGCUGGAAAUCAGAUGGACAAUGGCCACCCAAGCCGGCAGUGACAUCUAUUGUCCUUGGAGAUACCGCCACUGUACCCAAGAAACCUGAAGAGCGUGCCGAAGAAACACCGACGGGUAGGCGUAAGAACAGUAUCACCAACGCCGUGAAGAAAGUGUUCCACUUCGGACACCCGUUCCAUCGCCGUGGAUCAACCAGCCAUGAUGCUGGGAAUGGAGCUGCUUAG